AUGGGAGGUUACAAGCAGCUGUUAUUCUCCCAGAGAUUGCCUUUGGCUUUGGUGUACAUGCUAUCUCCUGGGAAGAUACAAGAACUUUUGGAAAUUGAUGAACAGAGUCAAAAAAUCCAAAUGUGGCUAAUUAAAGCAUCUUUACUCAUGUCAAAUUGUUGUGAAGCACACCUCUAUAGGAUCACAGUUCAUGCAUACAAUUUAUCUUGCUUUGAUAUACCAGUUUUGAGCAAUCACAAAAUGUCUGAAAUUGAAUCAGAGGUGCCAGUGAAAUCUUCCAGAAGGAUCACAAUAGCGGUCAUCAUCUUGGCCAUUUUCAUAAUUGUGGCAGCAAUUAUUUCAGCCAUCGUUAUUGGAGUUGUACUUGAAAAAAAAGGCCCAGCACGUACCUCUCAUUACUAUAGAGGAUCAUUCCGAAUAGCCAACUUAAUUUACAGUGAUGAUUACAGGAAAAGCAAUAGCGCUGAAUACAGAGCACUGGCGGCUCAGACGGAAUCAAUCGUUAAAGCAACAUUUGCAUACUCAGAGCUCAAGAGCCUCUAUGAUAUGACCAAAGUGAUCAGUUUUAGCUCUGGAAGUGUUAUACCAGAUUUUGUGGUGCUAUUUGAAGUUCCCAGUUCUGAGAGUGAGAGGUUUUCCUCAGCCUCCGUCCAGAAAAUAUUCUCAGACAAUUUCGUAUAUAAUAUGCAGCCAGGUUUUGUCAUCGAUCAAGGCUCACUUCAGGUCUCAGAAAUCCCAAUAUCGGUAGCAGAGAAUCUCCUCUAUCAGGAUUGUGGUGUUGGAGGACCUUUUGUAUCAAGUAGAAUAGUAGGAGGAACAUCAGCAGCUAUGAAUGCAUGGCCGUGGCAGGCCAGCCUGAGACUGAAUGGCAGACAUGUAUGUGGAGCCUCACUGAUCAGCAAUACCUGGCUUGUGACUGCUGCUCACUGCUUUGAUUAUAUUAAUAAUGAUAUAAAUAUAUGGACAGUGGUAUUAGGUACGCUUUCAUCAAGCCCUGAAUCUGGACUAAAGCUACAGAGAAUCAUAGUACAUGAAAAUUAUGAAGCUCGAACCCAACAAAAUGACAUUGCUGUUCUAGAGUUAGCCAAUCCAGUCAAUUUUAAAGCCGCAAUCCGCCCUGUGUGCCUACCAAAGAGGUCUGAUGUCUUUCCUGACAACGUGCCGUGUUACAUCACUGGAUGGGGAGCUCUCGAAUCUGAUGGUCCAGCAUCGCCAGUUCUUCAGCAGGCUGAAGUUCGGAUAAUAAAUGCCGAUAUAUGUAGCAGUCCUCAGGUGUAUGGUGAUUCAAUAGGUCCAUCUAUGCUAUGUGCUGGCUAUAUGGAGGGAAAAGUAGAUUCCUGUCGGGGUGAUUCUGGAGGUCCUCUGGUUUCCAAACAAAAUAAUGACAAGUGGGUUCUAGUCGGAAUUGCAAGCUUUGGAGAAAAAUGCGCUUUACCAAACAAGCCCGGUGUCUAUGCCAAGGUUAUGUAUCUUCGUAGCUGGAUCACAGACAAGACUGGCCUGUAAUGUGCAAGAGUCCUGAUAUUUUACUAUGAUGUUAUGCUUGCGCCACAACAAUAAGAACAUUCAUAAAC